ACUCCGGCUGGGACCCGUCGCCUGGCAACCAGCGCAAUACUCGGUGAGCCGGGACCGGGGAGACGCAGCAGGUGGCGGCUGCCCCAUGGCUACAAGGUGGAGGAAAGAUAAAAUGUCCUAUUUUAUAUUUACAUAAUCAAGAAGAUUCUUCAUUUAACAGUUACUCAAUAAUCUUAAAGGCCAUGCAGUCCAAGGCUUAUUUGUUGCUGGAAAGAGAACAUAUUCAACUUCAAGAAGCUAGACUAUUUGGUAUUUCCGCAUGCCCAGUUAAAGAGGAUCUAUUAGAAUGGGUGGCCAUGGUGCAAGGAUUGAAAGAUUCUCUCUGGGAAGGUGCUGCGCUUCAACUUUCCUUGAAGUAUACUGAAGAUUACAACUCAGUCCCUCCCACUGUCACUUUCAAUACGAUUCCAUUUCACCCCAAUGUGGAUGCAGUCACAGGCAAGCCAUGUGUAGACUUUCUUGAUAAUCCCUGGAAAUGGGAAGAACACUUCUCCUUGACAGCUAUCCUGCUCAACAUUCAGGUGAUGAUGUCCAACCCAGUACUGGAAAAUCCAGUCAAUGUGGAGGCUGCCCAGAUGUUGAGGGAGGACCCAGCAGGAUAUCGAGAAAUAGUUGUGGAAUGUGUCAGAGCCAGCAAGCAGCUCAAAGCAAAUGGAGUCAACUUUGCAGUUAAGUGUUUUCCUGAGGCACACUUUGAAAACCAAGCUUACAGCAAACUGCAAAGAAUUAAAAUGAUUGCUUUUGACGAAUAUCACAAGACAUGGACCGAAAUUGCAACAUCCAAACCAAAUGAGAGCAGCAAAGAUUCAACACCAAUGCCCUGCAUUAAUCUUCAAUCACUAUACUUUGGAAAUGGAGAAGAGGAAUUACAAAAAGAAAUUGAAGCACAGAAUAAAGAAUUUGGUGAAAUUAUCUAUGGAACAUUUGGUAAAGAAAGGAAGGCUCAAAUGACAAUGAAUCAGAAACUGGAGCGAAUCAACCGCAUGAAGAAGAGCUAUAUUAUGGACAGAUUGCCUGAAGCUUCUACUUCAAUGACCUCAGAUCUACCAACAAACAUCAGGGCAAAGCAAUCCAAUAACUGUGCACAAGAGGAGGAACUCUGGAACAAAGAAGUGGACAAUUUAGUUAACUGGACAACUGGACUAAAUGUAGAUGAGCUGGAGAAUGAUUAAGAAGAAAAAAAAAUCCAACUCGGCUCAAGCCAGUCUGUAAUUUCACUAUGUGAUCACUAAACCAAUUUGGAAGAU